AUGGAUGGCCGUCUUGGCCAGUGCCAGGAGGUGGCUGAAGAGGAGAUCUCGCAGCUUUGUGGGGCUAGAGAUGGGGUCUGCACAGAUGAGGAGGGUCUCCCUCUCGCUGCAGAAGGGACAGGUGUCGGGGGAGUUCGUGAACCACGCCCGGUACAUGCCCGGGCUCACGGCUCCAUGGAGGAGCUGCCAACUAAAAUCCCUGCCCACCGGGGAGAGAGGGACGCACCCCGAAUCGGCAGGGCGGAGGAGGAGGAGGGAGCGGUGAAGUCCCCGGCUGGGAUCAGGAAAGUGGAAACCUCAAGGCAGGGGAGGGAGGAAACAUCUCCUGAAGCCCAGCGGCAGGCGGGCCCGCCCCGCUCCCUCCAGGAGCGAUCGCGGGGAGCGGCACCGGCUGCAGGGCUGAGCCCGGGGAUCUCCCAGCCCCAGCGGCGAGAAGAGAGAGGACACGGAGAUCGUUCUGGGGGGAAACUGCAAAUGGAAGAGCAUCUUAACGGCAAUGAAAACGCAGAGGGAGGAGGAGAGAAUUCUCUUCAGCAACAACAGCAGCUGACGGAGCCUCUUAAUUGUAAUGGACACCCGGACAGAGGAGAUGAACCAGGUUAUUCAUGUAACCGCAAGUUCCAGACUCUCGUAGCUGGAGUCUUCAUAGUUUUGAUCAUUAUCAUCAUUGUUCUGGCUGUUUCAGUAGGAAAAUCGUCUAACCCACCUUCAGCUGGUCCAGAUCCUCCAGCCGCUGCCGGCUGCUGCCCGGACGGCUGGGUCGGGUACGGAGGGAAAUGCUACUACUUCUCCGAGACUGAAGGGGACUGGACCUACAGCCAGAGCAACUGCUCCUCCUUCGGCACCUCCCUGGCUGCGAUCGACACCUCUCAGGAAAUGGCUUUCAUUAAGCGCUAUAAAGACCUCUCUGAGCACUGGAUCGGCCUCCGGAGGGAACCGGGCCAGGUCUGGAAAUGGACCGACGGCACCGAAUUCAAUCACUGGUUCGAAGUCAGAGCACAGGGUGAGUGCGCGUAUCUGAACGAUGAAGCCGUCACCUCUUCUUGGUGCGACACGGUGCGAUACUGGAUCUGCAGCAAGCCUGCCGGACUUACGCUGAGAGAGGAGAAUGGUGCACAAGGGCAAGCGGAGAUGUCGGAGCUCAGCUGAAGUGCUACUGUAUGCACAGGGACACAUGCAACCCCCGCCCCGACUUUUCUACUCAACGUAUUUGAGGCAGCAGGGGAGUGGGGGUGCUAGUGACGUGCUGUAUCUUGUUUCUGUGCAAGUGAAGGUGGUCCAGAGCCUCUCAGCAUCUGCUUUUUCCUCAACUGUUCCGGAACCUGCAGGGCUGGCUGCGGAUCCCCAAGCGGCUAGCAGGAGGUGCUCAGUGGAGGAGCAAGUGGCGGGUGGGCGGGAGGGACCUCGGGGGAGGGAAAAGGUGGAGGGAGAGUGGAGCAGGGGUGAAGCCCCCACUGGGAGAAACAAGAGUCAGUGCCUGUGAUCCAGCUGCUGGCACCCUGCACUUUAAAUCCAUCAAUGUGACUAAAGAAAAGUUGCUGCUGUUUAUCCUUCAGAGGGUACAAUCACUAUAUUUGACCGUGCCACACCUGACCCCCACUAGGGUUAGGGCCCUACCAAAUUCACUCUCUGGCCACCCAGCUGUGAAGCCAGCAGCACUGAAGUAAGAGUGGCAAUACCUCGAACCCCCUAAAAUAACCUUGCAACCUUGCCCCUCUCU